AUGAAGUCAAUUUCACUAAACAUUGUUCGUGGGCAUAUCGCAGCAGCUAUCGAUGCUGAGGCGCAGGCCCUACGACAGCUCAAUCAUGACAUUCACAGUCACCCAGAGAUCGCAUAUGAGGAGGUUUAUGCCCAUGACACGCUGACAGACUUCCUUGGGUUGCGCGGUUGGGCAGUAAAACGACAUGCAUAUGGUUUGCAGACCUCUUUUGAGGUAGAAACAAACACUAGCGAGGGGGGACCAGUCAUCGUGUUUUGUGCCGAAUAUGACGCCCUUCCCGGGAUUGGACACGGGUGCGGUCAUAAUCUGAUAGCUACAUCUUCUCUAGCCGCAUUCCUAGGCCUCGCAAAGGCUGUUCGGGAGAUGGGGCUGGCUGGCAGAGUUCGCAUCCUCGGAACUCCGGCAGAGGAAGGAGGCGGGGGGAAGGUCAAGCUUAUCGAAGCGGGGGCGUUUAAAGACCCUGAGAUCAAGGCAGCGAUCAUGGCUCAUCCGAUCUCGCUGUGUGGCCUCCCCGACGGUUACCAAGGAAUAGCCGGGUUCCAAACUAUCGCUAGUCACAAAGUCAGGGUUGAGUACCGGGGUCGGGGCGCCCAUGCUGGGGGUGACCCAUGGCGUGGACUCAAUGCUCUGGAUGCUGCAGUAGGGAGCUACAAUAGUAUUUCGAUGCUACGGCAGCAGAUUCAACCAGAUGAGCGAGUUCAUGGGGUAAUUGAGGACGGCGGGAAGGUCCCAAAUGUGAUCCCAGACUAUACCCGUAUGAACUGGUAUAUUCGGAGCGGAACUGCUGCCCGUGCCGAUGAACUACUUGCGAGAUGCAAGGGCUGUUUUGAGGGCGCUGGGCAAGCCACUGGCUGUCAAGUCAAUUAUAUCAUGGCACCCACUUACAAAGAGCUAGUUCUCAACGAUAGGUUCUGUGACCUCUACACGCAGGAAAUGAGUGUUCUGGGACGAAUGGUUUUGGCCAAACAGGAAAGUAUAGCCUCCAUCUCCACCGACAUGGGAAAUGUCUCCUAUGAGAUCCCCAGCUUCCAUGGAGUCUUCGGCAUUCCAACCCCUCCAGAUAUCCCAGGUCACCAUCCAGAGUUCGCGAAAGCAGCUGCCUCCGACCAAGCCCAUGAAGAAGCCAUUAUUGCUGCCCAUGCUAUGGCCAUGCUUGGUUGGAACGUUUUGGAGAAAGAAAUCAAGUAA